GGAAGGGAGAAGUGAAGGAACCAUCGGCCACCACAAUAACAAACAACUCAACGCACGUGGCGACCCGGUAAAUUCUCUCACGGUUAAAAAAAGAUAAAACAAUGAAAGUUGCCAAUGUCAAGCAGUCAGCCCGAGCUGCAUAUAUGGAACAGGCACUUCAGAUGAAGAAAAAUAAACAAAAAUUUAAGAGACAACCUAAAGUAAGAAAAGGCAGUGAUAAAUCACAAAAGAAAAAGGAAGUAAAUGUGCCUUCGCCAACACUAGAUAUGAAUACAAAUAAUGCUUUAGUAAACAAAAAACCUAAACUUAAAUCCAAAGUCUCAAAGACAUUGUUGGAGCAAAAGGGAAAAUCUCUCAAAGCAAAGAAUAAGCAACUUGCUGAAAAUUUAGUGAAGAAAAAGAAAAAUAGCCCAAAAAAGGUAAACACUGACAAUUUGAAAAAGCAGUUAAAUGGCUUUGCUCCUCUCACAAAUGAUACAACAUCCUUCACAAAUAAAACAGAAAGUUUAAAGGGUAAGACAAAUACGCCAGAAAAGGCAAAUGUUGACAGUUUGAAAAAGCAGUCAAAUGGCCUUGCUUCUCUCACAAAUGAUACAACUUCCUUCCCAAAUGAAACAGAAAUUUUGAAGACUGCAAAGAAAAGGAAACAAAAUACAGAAGGUGAAGUACUUGAAAAAAAAAUAAAAAAGAAAAAGAAGGCAAACCCAAAGAAGAAAAUGAUGCUUAUUGCUGCUGUAAAAGAAGCCCUACAUGCUGAGUGCAGUGGAGAAGACCCUGAGGAGGAUAGUGUGACAAUUGAGCCCUUGUCUGGGGCAGAAAUUGGUGCUGUUAAUAUUGAUGAUAGCAAUGAAGAGGGACUAAAGGCUUUUCAGUGGGUAAUCGGCCCUUGCUCAGAAGAAAAGUUCUUCAGAGACUACUGGGAGAAAAAGCCAUUGCACAUAAAGCGCAGUGAUGCACAGUAUUACAAAGGUUUAUUCAGCACUGAUGUUCUCGACAAUAUUCUACGUGAGAAUAUGGUACUCUACACUAAGAAUUUGGACAUUACAUCAUUUAGCAAUGGAAAAAGGGAAACCCAUAACCCCAUUGGACAAGCUCAUCCACCUGUUGUGUGGGACUAUUAUAAUAAUGGAUGUAGUGUACGGAUGCUGAACCCUCAGACUUUCCACCGUCCAGUGUGGAAAUUACUGUCGGUGUUGCAAGAAUAUUUCAAGUCGUUCUGUGGAGCUAAUGUUUAUCUCACUCCCCCUGACACUCAAGGGUUUGCACCUCACUGGGAUGAUAUUGAAGCCUUCAUUCUGCAGCUCGAGGGCAAGAAGCGAUGGAGAGUGUACAAGCCAAGGUCAGAAAAUGAAGAACUUCCUGUUAACUCCAGCCCUAAUCUUUCUGAAGAUGAAAUUGGGGAACCUGUAUUAGACAUUGUUUUAGAAGAAGGCGACCUUUUGUACUUCCCCAGGGGUUACAUUCACCAAGGUAUUACAGUGGAUAACACUCAUUCUCUCCACAUUACCAUCUCCACUUACCAGAAGAACACCUGGGGUCACUUACUUAAAAAGCUUUUACCUCAAGCACUCAGUGUAGCCAUGAAUGACGACAUAGAAUUCAGGCGAGGUCUUCCCCGUGAUUACUUGGACAGUAUGGGAAUUGUCAAUAUGGAUAAAGAUUCUCCUAGUCGAAGUGCUUUCAUUGAGAAGUUGGGUGAAUUAGUGACACGUCUGAUGGAAAUGGCUCCUGUUGAUGCUGCUGUAGACCAGAGAGGUGCUAGUUUCAUGCAUGAUGCUCUACCACCUCUGCUCUCACAAGAUGAGAGAGAGUGUAGUGUAUAUGGUGGUGGUGAACGGUGGUGUAAGAAGACGAAGGAGGUAAAAAAUCGGGUAGAAAUUGAACCAGACACCCCGAUCAGACUCAUCAGAAAAAACUGCUUAAGAGUGGUUGCGGAGGAAGAGAAUGUCAACGUUUAUCAUUGUUUAGAAAACACACGAGAGUACCAUCAGGAGCAGCCACAGUUCAUUGAGCUGGCUCCAGAAACUGCACCUGCUAUUGAGGCUUUGAUUCAUGCCUAUCCAAAAUACAUAACCGUCGAGUGUUUGCCUUUAAAUGACGAGACUGAAAAGAUGGCGGUAGCCAGUGGGCUGUGGGAACGUGGACUUGUAGUGACUGCAACGCCUUUGAAUGCCCCGCAUGAUGACUAAAGGAUUUUUGUAAGAUCCAAUUUAAAAAUUGCAAACAUUUUAUUUUUCUUCUGGAUGGUUGACUUUACAAUUGGCAAUAAUGAUGUUAGGCUGUUCUGAAUUACGUAUCUUUGGCUGGCAUGUAAUACUUUUUUGAAAGGGAAAGGGAUGGCAGGCCUCGUGUGUUGUAAUUUAUAUCACAACAGAAUUUAUUAACGAUUUGUUUUGUCUUUGCAACAUUUAGACUUCAGAUAAAAUGUAAUUCAUUAUUGAGUAAAGUUUCUAAAAUUUGGAGGCACACUAAAAACAGAUGUAUAACUAUUCAGUGAAGCAAUUGCUGCCCCAUUUCAUAUUGUUUAGGGUGGCACCUUCACAUAAAACCUAAGUAUUUCAAACAUGUUUUGGAUAAGAGGCUGUGGACUUUUUAUUAUAUAAAGUUUUUACUUAAUCCUUAAUAAAUUAUUAUAUUCAACAAUCUUGUAGUAACUAUGACCAAGGCUGUGAAAUCCAAGUACUACUGCAUUUUUUGUAUUGUCAAGCUAUCAUUAUUUUAUUAUGCUAGUUGCAAUGUAUUGUGGAGGAUAUUUUUUUUUUAUUAAGUUAAUUAAGCAUUGACUAGGCCAAUGAAAUUACUGGAGUGUUUAUUACUUGGUUGAAGCCGGCAAAUGUUCAAAACUAAAAGUGGGUAAGUGGUACAGUAUCACAAUGGUGUUAUAUUUGCAUUGAUUGGAUGUAUUUAUAUAAAUAAUUGAUGUUAUGGAUGUUGGAUAUUGUAGACUCCUUGCAGACAUUUAUUUAGGAUUUAAUAUUGUACAGUACAAUAUGGCAAACUACACAUGGAAAAAGCAUUUGGUAGUAGUCAAUAUUGUUAAAUAAGGAAAUUAUCAAAUAAACUUUUAAUAAAUAAUUGUAAAAUUUUUGUACA